AUGGACAAUUGCAUUAUUUGUUUGGAAUCAAAUGAAGACAAAUCUGCUCGUAUUACCACACUAUCCAGUGAAUGGAUGGAUGGACAAAUCCAUCGAAUUAUAGAGAAACAUUUGUGGUGGUGGCAUUUGGAGCAGUCAUUACAACACAAUGGCUUUGUUCGAUGGAUAUGUCGACAUUGUUGGAAGGAAAUAUCAACAUUCCAUAAUUUUUACUGUAAAGUUGAAAUGGUGCACAGGAAUUACCAACAAACAAUGCGGACAACCAUGGUUCAAAGUAAUUUUGCAGAAACUCUAGAGAAAAGUAUCAUUAAACAAGAAAUUGAAAGCAAUGUGGAAUCAAAUUCCACCAACUACAACACAAAUGAUAUUCCCAUGAAGGAAAUCAAAAGUGAAUUUUGUUGUUACACAAAUAAUGACAGUGACAUGCCGGAAGCUUAUAAUGAGUAUAGGAGUCCUGAAGCUAUAUGUCUUGAGCCAUUGAAUAUAAAAGAAGAACUUUGUAAAGAAUUCGAAAGUGAGGAUGAGGAACCACUGAAAAACAAUAUUAAAACGGUAAACAAGCAAUAUGAAACAGAAAAUGUCUGGAGCGGAAAAACUGCUCAGGAAACAUUAAUACAAGAUAAAACUGUAAAUCAAAAUGAUAAUUUCAACGAAAAAACAGAUCAGUUUGAGGAUCUUUUUAAAGAUCUAAAAUGUAAUAAUUGUGAUGUACCUCUGAAGGAUUUCCGCAUGCUCAGAAUCCAUUAUCGCAAAGAACAUAAUACCAAAGGUUUUGCAAUAUGCUGUGGCAAAAAGUUCUUUAAGCGUUUCUCGUUUGUCGAUCACCUAAGGCUACAUAAAGAUCCAAAUUUCUUUAAAUGUCAAAUAUGCACGAAAACGUUUAGCUCAAGUUAUGGCUUAGACAAGCAUAUGGAGUCCCACAAAGCGCCUGAUGAAGUUGUAAAGAAAGUUCAUAAAUCCAAAGGAAAAGAAUUGGAAGAAUUUAAUGAUUUUUUUAAAGACCAAAAUUGUCUAGUUUGCAAUAUACCUUUGUUAGAUUUCAAAACGCUCAAAACCCACUAUCGCCAUGAACACAAUAUCGAUGGAUAUGUCAUGUGCUGUGAAAAAAAAUAUUUCAAACGUUACUUAUUAGUCGAACACCUAAGGCUUCAUGCAGAUCCGAAUAUCUUUAAGUGUCAAUCAUGUACGAAAACGUUUGGAACACAAGGCAGCUUCGAAUUGCAUUUACAGUCACAUGAACCGCGUGAGCGUAAAUACAAAUGUGAUCAAUGUGAUAAAACAUUUUUCGCACUGCGCAACUUCGAAAUUCAUAAAUUAACGCAUGUGCCGGAGAGUGAUAAAAAUUUCAGCUGCUCACAGUGCAACAAAAAAUUUGGCUCUGAUUAUCUAAAACGAAAGCACGUAGACUUAAAACAUGCUAAUAAAUAUGUCCGAAUGUGCGAUAUAUGCGGAAAAACAUUUUCCCGGUCCCAAUCGUUUAUAUAUCAUAUGGAGGUACACGCUGGAACACAGUCAUUGGUGAAUUGUGAAAUAUGCGGAUUAGAAUUAACUAAAACUUACCUAAGACAACAUAGGAAAAUAAAACACAUGAACCAAAAUAAUUAAAAGUUGAUACUUGUCCUUAUUGUUCAUAAGAUUCUCCAAAUUCGAAUGAUCAUCGAGUGCACUACAAAUACGUACUUAUUAAGCAACGUAACUCAAGACUUGCCAUUUAUCAGACUAGGACUUCAAAAUUCAUCGCAUUUAACGGAACGCUUGUUUUUUCGAGGGACAAUGUCCAAGAACAUCAACUAUCCGACAAGAUUGUGGAGAUUUAAAGAAGUUGAAUGGAAGUCAGAGAAAAGAAAAGGUUACAACAGUGAUAUGUCCUGUAUACAAAUGACUUAAUUUUUUGAAUAAACAUUUAUAAUUCUUCAAAUUAAAAUAUGAAUUUUAAUCAGAGACCGAAAAUAAUUGUUAUUUAUGCAAUAUUCAACUCAAAAAAUCAAUUUAUGUACACCAUACCAUUUCUCGUAACAUUCAAACUUCCCUAAAUAUUCUUCCACUAAUAUUCAAAUACUGAUUUCAUAGUAUGUACUUUAAUAGUUAACACAUGUUGGGAUAUGCGAAUAACAUUUUUUAUAGCCUGAUAGUAGAGAUGAACAUUCCUAUGUAAGUUGGCAGUACCUACAUAU